AUGGCGAAACCUCCAAUUCGGCUGGUGACAUCAAGAGAUCUGAAGAGCCAGGUUAGGGAGCAUGAUGGGGUGAUGUCAAGCUUAGCAGGCGGGGAUUGUGCCUCGAGUGUGCUUGUGGCUCCCCGGAGGACAGAGCCGCGGAGCUGUGGUUGUUGGUGGUGGAUGCCAUCAUAUGCCCUGGUUCGCUACGUCAUUUUUCACCACUUAUGCCACCCUCAAACCAAUAUUGGAAUGCUCUCGAGCCGUGGUUCCGUGCAAAGUUACUAUACUGCGAAUGACUGGAGGGAGCGCAUCAUAACAGCCGAUCCGUCAUGGUUCACAGUGCCCAUGGGAACCGGCGUAUGUACGCAACUCCUUACCCAUUUCCCCUAUCCGGCGGGAUGGUUGAAGACGAUAGCAUAUAUCUUCUGGAUUGCUGAUAUCUGCAUCUUCGCCUUCUUCAUGACUUUGGGCCUCCUCCGGGUGAUGAUGUACCCACAAGUCGCCAAAAAUGUUGUCGACGACUUCUCGCAGACCAGCUACUUAGGCGCUGUCGCAGUCGCAUUCGAGACCAUCAUACUGGGCAUAGUCAACUUCUACUCUGACCACCAGGCAGCAAUGUACGUUGCAGAAGUCAUGUACUGGAUUGCAGCAGCGAUGAGCCUCUUCGUUGCAUUCGGCGGGGUCUUCUUUAUGUAUCGGCGCCAGAAGCAGCACUGUUUUUCGGAUGUCAAUGGCGCUUGGUUUUUGACCUUCAUCCCACUCAUCGUCGACUCGACGGUUGGUGGAGCCAUUUCUCCUUAUCUUGCCUACAAGAACAGCGUUACACUGCUCGUGACAUCGUUCCUCAUGUGGUCCCUUGGGGUUGGCAUGUCGCUGGUUAUCCUAUCUCUAUAUUUCUGGCGCCUUAUGAGCUGCCAACUACCACCGCGAGAGGCAAUAAUCAGCACCUUUGUCCCAGUCGGACCUUUCGGAAUGGGAGCAUAUUCGAUCCAGCAGAUGGCGGUUGGUCUGGCGAGUCAGAUCAGGAAGCACAGAUUCACCCUGGAGCGUCCUCCACAGCCUCCUAACGAUCCAGCAACCAUGGCAACCAUCGCUGAAGGGAUCCAUUGGGCCGGGAUCAUCGUUGCUCUCCUGCAACUUGGUAUAGCGUCGUUUCUUCUUGUUGAGGCUUGUUUUUCGGUAUACGCGAAGGUGCCCAAGACGUUCAACGUUGGCUUUUGGAGCUUCGUCUUCCCAUGCGGAGUGUACAGCAAUGCUUGGAAUGCAAUGAGCCAAGACAUUCGCAACAACGGUAUGAGAGGAUGGGCUGCCUUUUGUUCCGUUGCCACCAUCGCUUUAUGGUUGUUCUGCGCUUUGUUGAGCUUCUACAAAGGCGUUUGGCAGGGAAAGCUGUUUUUCGCACCAGGCCUACAAGGCUGGGUCGAGCACAAGGAACUCGAAAGGCGGGAUGGAAACGAGAACGAUAAAGAUGCCAAUCUUCGCGGAGUGCCGACAGGAAUAGAUACUGGCAAUGCCACGCAGCGGCAUCCCCAACCAGAUGGCAGUUACAAGCAGGAGCGGACUUUGACGAAUCGUGACAAGGUCUAG